GGGGGGCUGGGGCAUCAGCACUUGCAGUUUGUAAACAAAAUUCCUUGACAAUGUCUACUACCGGAAGAUACAUUUUUUUGAGAGCAAGACACAUUAAAUACUUGCAGAGAUGUCUGCGAGUGUUGCCUUACAGUGCCGUCACCUUUGACACCAGUCGGAUGACAGUGCUCUUCUUUGCACUCUCUGGACUGGACCUUCUAGAUGGCCUGCAGGAAAUAUCCAAAAAGGAAAGAGAGCACAUUGUUGACUGGAUAUACUCCUUACAAAUAGUACCAUCAGAUGACAAAGAUCAACUAGCAAGUGCUGGAUUUCGAGGAGGGACGUCUCUUGCCAGUUGUAGAGGCCAAGCUGACUAUACCACCAAUAUCUCUUCCUUUGACUGUGGCCAUAUCACCAUGACCUACACAGCCCUUGCUUCGUUAAUUAUUUUAGGGGAUGACCUAAGUCGUGUAAAUAGAAAAGCAGUCUUAGCACACGUUGCAGCUCUACAGUGUCAAGAUGGAAGAAAAAUUCCCAUCCACAUUUCUAAAGGCUAUUUUAAAGUUUUGGGUGUGGGGUUACCAAAAAGCAAAAUACAGAAGGUUGAGGAUGUGUUGAGAAGAUUUGGACAUUUAGAGAUGAAUCAGAAUUAG